AUGAACCACCCAUACCCUACGGCCGUACCGCCGGCAGUCCCCAAUGCUCAAUUUCGGCGUAGGGACGACCCUAGAAUGUACCAGGCAGCUGCUGCGGCGUACUAUUAUCCGCAACAAUUUCAUCCUCAAGCCCAUACACCGCCACCUCCCCCGGUGAUUGUAAGGUCGCCGCACCCACACCAGGUCACAAAACCCCCGCCUCCGCCUCCACCACCACCUCCGCCGCCAGCCCCAGUUGUAACGAGUCUGGUGGUGGUGAAGGCCGCAACCCCACCACCGCCUCCCCCACCAGUUGUGAGGACUCAAUAUCAACCUCAACUACCAUGGUACUCUGCCCCGGACGAACCUUUCCCGCGUAGACGUCGGCGAAGAAAGGCCCCCGCUCUUCCUACUCAGGUGUCUGCCCCAGCAGAGCCCGUUCCCGUAGCGGAGGAGACUGUACCUAUUGCACCGGAAGUUUCUACUCUUGAUAUAGCGCAAGCUCCCUCUACUGUUUCAGACAUUCAAACGCCUACUACCACAUGCCCACCUUCUGAAGCCGGCUCAACAAUUGCCUCGACACCCAUAUCUACUGCUCUACCAGCUACAGCUUUUGUUCCGGCCACUACACCUGCAUCCGUACCUGCACCUGCGCCUACCCCUGCCCCUGCCCCUGCUGCCAUUGUACAGAAGCCUGUUCCUGCAGUACCCGCAGUUCCUAUACCUGCGCUACCCGCGGUGCCAAUUAUCAAGGCCAAAGCCAAGUCCGCUCCUAAAUCGCAAACGGAACCGGCUAAGCUUGUGACCAUCAGUCCCUUGGAAUCCAGCACGGCCCCCAAGGAUGCAAGUGUUAAAGAAUCAGCUCCGAAGGAUGUAACUCCUAAGGAUGUAACAUCUAAAGAUGUAACUCCUAAGGAUGUAACUCCUAAGGAUGUAGCCCCUAAGGAUGUAGCCCCUAAAGAUCCAGCUCAUAAGGAUGCAACUCCAGUGACACCAGCACUGCCAGCUGCUGUAAGGAAUGCUGUUGCGUCUGCAGGUAUUGCAGGGGCAAAGGUUGAGCAGCAACGCGCGGUUGUCAUAAAAGGAAAUGGGAUUGUAACAAAUUCACUAUCGGAUAUUUUGAUUAACUUCACGAUUCCGAGUGAGAAGAAUGUUACUAGCCCAUUCUUGGAACCUAGGGGAUUAGUCAAUACCGGUAAUAUGUGCUUUAUGAAUGCUGUUUUGCAAAUGCUGGUGUUUUGCGGACCUUUUUACUACUUCUUAGACCACCUUUCAAAACAAGUCGCGCACAGCUUUAAAACGGAUACGCCUUUGAUUGAUGCAAUGAUCAUGUUCAUGCGUGAAUUCCGCGUUAUUAGCCCUUCAGCUGCCCAAUCACAGCCUUCGACACUCAAGGCUCAGGAUUUUGAAGCUUUUGGUGAGCCCUUUGUCCCUGAAUUCCUAUACGAGGUUAUACGGAGUAUGCAGAGCUUCGCACAUAUGAAGCGGGGCCACCAACAAGAUGCCGAAGAAUUUCUAGGAUUUCUUCUAGAUGGUCUACAUGAGGAGGCCAUCAAAGUUAUGUCGAAAUCCCAGCCCAGCGGUACUUCCACCCCUACUCAGAAUGGUACUUCGACUCCCACAGAAGAAUCCUUGGAAUCGGGCUGGAUGGAAGUAGGCCAUAAACAGAGGACCUUGACUACUCGUACCACAGAGAUAAUCGAAUCUCCAAUCACCAAGAUCUUUGGUGGUAAGCUUCGAAGCGAGUUCAAGGUACCGGGGUUGAAGACCAGUGUUACACUCGAACCUUACACACCCUUGCAACUCGAUAUUCAGAGUCCAGAUGUUAGGAGUGUUACAGAUGCGCUAAGACACAUGGCCGUAGUUGAAAAAUUACAAGGAGAUUACAACCCUGCAAAAGGCCCUAAUGUUACAGCUACUAAACAAGUUCUCAUCGAGACCUUGCCGCCGGUCUUAAUACUGCAACUAAAGAGAUUCCAGUACGACAACACAAGCGGCGUUCAGAAGAUUUGGAAAAGGAUUGGGUACCCCCUUGUUCUUGAAAUUCCACCAGAAGCCAUGAGCCAUAACAAACGUACUGGACCACCGCAAAAGUACCGAUUGAUUGGUGUCGUCUACCAUCACGGUAAGAGUGCGAGUGGAGGACACUACACGGUUGAUGUCCAGAGGCAAGAUGCAAAGAGCUGGAUUAGACUUGACGACACAGUCAUUAAGAGAGUUGGUAGUGAUGAGGUUAGGAUUGACGUAAAGGUGGAAGAGGAGGGUGAAGAGGAUGGUUGGGUGAAUGCUGCGUGGGAAGCAGUGAACGGUGCAAAUGGUAAAGGCACGGGAGAGGGUGCGAAAUGGGUCGGUGAAGGCGGAAAAGUGGCGUAUAUCUUGUUUUAUCAAAAGUUUUAG